AUGCUCCCUGGUUAUGGAUUCUCACCUUUUCCUGAUUUUCAACCCCACCGUCACGCUUUUCACUGCAGAGCAGAGAGUUCUAGCAUGUGGAUCCCCGGGUCAGGAGAGUCCCAGGCUCUAAGUGAGGCCCAGGGGGACAGGCCUCUCCUCCACCCCUGCCACCAUAAGCAUGUUGCUGUGUGCCAACAGGAAACUUUGGCUUUCAUUGAGAUACAGCCGCCAGUGACUCCUAAAAUAAACAGACUCAGCUCUCCAAGGCAAACUCUUCCAGACACACAAUUCACCACACAAUCCCGGCCCCUGAAUGGAUUUAGACACACAUUCAAUGAACUGAAUGACGUGCAGAGGAGCUGCAACAGGACAGACAAUGAGCAGGAAACAACUCUGAAUCUGAACUCUCAUACACCUGAGAGUGACAGUGAGCUAGAAUGCCAUAAUGGCGUCAGGACUUCUCUGCAGGAGCAAACUGAAAAGCCACGUUGUAUCACAACAGUAUGUCGACCCCUUCAUGCAGCUCUUAGCCUCCCCCUGUCGUUCCCUCUGUCCUCUCUGUAUACAAACAGAGACUCCUGGGACUCUCAGGUGCCAUGUUCCCCAUCCUCUCCUGAAGGUCCAGGAUGUCAGAGCCCUGACUCCUGCCAGCCCCAAAGGAGGACAUCACAGGGCUCACUGAAAGAGAAGUCCAUACGUAAGUAUAGAGCUGCUCUCAUGAGAUGACUCGAGUUACUCCAAACUCUAAAUCCUUAACCUAACAGGGACGUUUUUUUUUUUUCCAGGGCGAAAGAUGCAGGUUUACUCCCCAGACAGCCUCAGUGAUGAAUCUCUCAGCAGCCCAAUCCUGGACCCAGACUUUAUCUUCCCAGGACCCUUUGCAUCCUUCCUAGAGGAGGACCUCAGUGGAUUAUCUUCCUUAGAGGCAAUGUCCAGUGCAUCAUCUACAGACGGUGUUACAGAUUUGUCAAACCUCAGUCAUGAUGAUAUUUUCAAUCUGCCUGAAGAACCCCUGCACAUUAUAGAGGACUCGUUUCAAUGUGUAGGCGAGGACAGCGGGACAGUAGAGGCAUUAUGCGCCACAGGGGGGAGCUUUCUGUCACGUAGUCGCCAAGGGGACCAGGAACGGCGGCGCUUCUCAGCUUCAGAACUGAUCUCUAGACUGCAGCUGUCUCAGAGGAAGACCUCCUUCACUUUAAAGUUGGGGAAGUCACUUUCUGCGCGGGUCGCUUCACGGGACAGACAGAGUUCCUGCCUCAGCCCCAACCUUGACUGUGAGUAGACUGUCAAACCAUCAUCAUCGUUAUGUUAUUAUGACUGGUGAACUAAACUAAUGUCAUCAAUGUCAUUAAUCUCACUGGUUUGAACAAUUAAUACUUUUAUAAAUGUGCCAAAAAUGCCAGUCAGACACCCACCACUAGAUGGAGCUGUAGCUGCAAUGAGAAGCUACUGCUAUGAUGUUCUAAAAUUCAGAUGUAAACAAGCUCAGAUGAUGGAGCAGUUUAACCCAGAAAAAAAAUAAAACUGUAUGCAGGCUGUGUCUACUUAAACUGGAUUAUAAUCACUCAGCCACAGCAACAUCUAACCAGCGUAGGCACGUCAGUGUUAUCCUGCAAGGAGGACCAAGGGCUGGCGGUGCUAGCUCUGCUAAUGUUAGUCACUCUUAGCAAACUUUUUUCACACCAUUUACAAAGUGACUGUCUCUGUUUAACCUUAUCAGAUAAAUCUGCUGUUAAGGUGUUUUCUUACCUGUUAAUCAGCAGGUUAGCGGGAAUAUUAACUUCCAUCUAAAUGACAAGGAAAUUUGUCCUCUGGGGAACUCCCAUGUUUGAAGCUUGUCUGCGUUUCGUCGUAGACAUGUGGAGAUGUGGUUUGCAAUGCAGAGUAAAAAAAACACAAUAUAUGACGUAAUAUAGAAUACUAUAAAAACACACAAUGAAAUGCAAACUGAAUAGGGAUUCUUGACCGUUCUGACAAUAUAAAAUCCAGGGGAAUAAAAGUGCAUCAGUGAGACUGCACAGAGCAAAGCAAAACCAUAGACUAUACAGACUGUGGACAACUUUGCUCUGCCUUACGCUGUAUUUGAAGCCAAAACGCUCUUUGUAUUUCUAGGUCUUUUUCCCCACCUUAUGAAACCAACAUGGUGCAGUAGCGUUGCACACACUCCACCACUUUCACAGUAGCAUUGUAUGCAUUCAGCAGAAGAGUCACCAAGAGUCGUUGUGAUGACACUCAGCUCAAACAGCGUAUCCCCGGUUGAGCUACGCAAUCUUGGUACACCCAUAGGCUGUAUCAAGUGUCAAUCAUAGAAAACAUGAACCCUCUAAUAACUCUUAAAAACGGAGCUGCACAGAAAAAAGAGGACUUGAGCACAAACCAGUCUUACAAUAACUACAUGUCAACAUCACAACCAGGGGGGAGAUACAUUUAUAUUCUGUGUAAUUCAUCUCUUAAGAUUGUCCACAACUCCAUAGAGAUUGCUGGAGGAGGUGGGAUUUUUAAGACCUAUACAAGAGGGUGCUGUUCUCAAUGUGGCUUCACCUAGCAAGGAGGCAAAUGCUGUACAUUCUAUUUACAGUCUAUAAGCAAAACCCAUACUGUCACAUGAGAGUCCUCAAAAGCCCAGAAUCAUUACACUCACUUCAUCCUCUUACUGAAUGAAACAACACUAUCAUCUCCCUCAAACACCUUGUUUCCUGUCCUCAGAAAGUCUCAGCCCUUGUCUUAAAUGCUGACAGUACUACCAACUGAGCAAGCGUAGCUAACAAUUCACUGUCUAAUACUGAGUAUUUAUUCUAUGUCAUGAACAGAUUCCCAGUCUCUUUUGUGUUGAAGGUUUACAUCCUUGUACGAUCUAAAAUGGCCCAAAUCUCUGAACACGUCCUUGUAACACAGAAACUUGUUGCUCUCUAAAUAGAAUAGAAUAUUCCUCUAUUGAUCCCCCAUGGGGGAAACUUUUUUGUCACCGCAGCAUCACAGACAAAGGGUGCAAAAAUGCAGUUAUAAAAAUAAAGAUUGUAAUAUUAAGAACUUAAAUAAUGUAAUAAUUAAGAAAACAAUUUAGGAAAAGGAAAAAGGGAGAAGAAAAGAUGAGAUGAUGAAGACGUGGGAGCUGACCUGAGAGCUCUGAGAUCUCACACCUGCUCCUUCUGAUUCUUGUCCUCUUUAGACAAGUCCAGCUCCAAACACCGGAGCUCAGGUGGUUCUAGUGAUAGCGCCCCCCACAGUCCUGUUGGACCUGCACCUUCUCUGCCACCCACCAAUGACAAUGGCAUGCCAAUACAUCGGUGGAGCGCAAAACUUGGGUAAAUAUGGACUUUAGAUAUUUCAACUCGGAAACAAUGGAGAUGAACAGAAAUGUGUUGAUGCUGAUAACAAAUGUUUUCUUCAUAGAAUGAGGAAGAAAUCCAUAGAGGAGGACUCAGGCACACCUCCAGCUGUUGCUGGCUCAAAUCGCUUAUCACGAUUUUUACCCAGCUGUAAGUUGAAGAAUGAUCAACUUUUGCCUCCGAUCAUUAAAACUGAAGUGUAACUGCUUUUCUGAUAACUUUUUUUCACCUUCCAUAUGUCCUUCAGCAAUUCUGUACCAAGAAUACAGCGAUGUUGCCAUCAACAGAGAGAUCCAGAGGCAGCAGGGGAAGGAGCCAGGCACAGAGGAGGAGGGGCUUAGGGAUGAGGGAUCAGACGGGACCCCGUCUCCUUCUAAUCUGUCUCCAUCCAGCUCCUUUCGUUCUUCCCGAGGCUCUGCAUUCGCACUGUGGCAGGACAUCCCUGAUGUUCGGAGCAGCGGUCAGCUCGAUAACUUCAGCAAUGAGGAAAGGAAAUUACAGGAGGUGAAUGACAUGACACAAGUUGAGUGGAAGAGGGAUUAAAAUGCUUUAGGAUGUCAGCACUCAUCAUUGGCAUCCAAGUGUCCUCAACCAAUGACCCAGAACAGUCAUCUAAAUCCAUAGUUUACCUAUAAACCCCAUCCUAAUGGCUUUUUUUUUUAAUUUGAUGAUUUUUCUGAUUUAAAAAAAACAUCUAAUUUCUUCACAGAUGGAAAAAAAAACAUGAGAAAAGGCUUAACUAGAUCUGCUUUAUUACACAGUCCACAUCCCACAGACAGCUCUAAACUGAUUUAACCAAUAAAAUCAUAGGAAAAUGAUUUGCCAAAGUGAUCCUGACUGACUUAGUAUGCAAACAUAUUCAUUUCCUGUCAUCUAGAGGUGGGGUUGUUCUCUUGAUCACUUAAGAGUUGAGUUUAACAACACCUUUAAAUACAACAGUGCAAUAACCACUGACUUUCAGCAAAACCAUUUUUUUUCUCUACUUGCUUUUAGCUGCAAAUCAGUCAAUUCAUUUUUGUACUAAUCUUCAUUUGUAAAGAAAGGGGGCAAAAAUGCACAGUGGCUAAUUUAAAUAUGUUCAGAAAACACCAGGGUACAGUAAUGCUGUUUGCUCUGUAGCAGUUUGUGGUGCAUUUAAGCCUUUGUGAAUUUCUUUUUGGCUGGUCUGCACAGGGUUGGUGCUGGGUUUAGUUUGGUCCCUGUAAGCAGCAUUACAGAGAUUGCAGUCUCGAGGUGCUUUAUCGAGGAGGAACACUAAAUGAUUUAUUUUUCUCAGAUUUUCAGGUCAUAAAAAAUCCCAUUCUAUUUACUGCCCUAACUUCUCAGUAAAUGAAUAAUAGCCUCAAAAUAAAACUUUAAUAAAACUGUAUAACCUUCAUUAUUGGUUGAUAAAAUUCAAGUGUCUGAGUGACUGUGUCCUCAUCUACUUAGGCAAAGUUUGAGCUGGUGACAUCAGAGGCCUCAUACAUCCGCAGUCUGACCAUCGCAGUGGACCACUUCAUGCUCUCCCAGGAGCUCACAGAGUGUCUUGGAGCUCAGCAUAAGCAGUGGCUCUUCUCCAAGCUGCCUGAAGUCAAAGAUGUCAGUGAGAGGUGAAGUGUUUCACUUCUGAUACCUCUCUGCUGCCCUCAGGCCUUUUUUUCCACCUCAUUUCUCCUUUCUUUUACUCUAAUGGUUUUUUUUCUCUCUGCUCUCUGUAGGUUCCUUCAGGACCUGGAGCGGCGGCUGGAGGAAGACAUUCUGCGUUUCGAUGUGUGUGAUAUCGUCCUGGAUCACUGCCCGGCUCUGCGAAGAGUUUAUUUACCUUACGUUACCAACCAGGCUUAUCAGGAGCAGACAUAUCAGCGUUUGCUGUAAGUUCAAACUUUGAAAACCUGCCUCUCAACUCAUGUGCAGAAUAAGCAGCUGUGAUCAAUCUGUGUUCAUUCAUUGCACUAGAGCACAAAGUCUAAUUGUUUCUCGCUGGGUGUCCAGAAUUUCCUCUCAGGGUAUUCAGGUGUUAUUUUACACCCGCAUGACUAAACCUGCAGAUGGUUCAUCCAAAGAGAGAGAUGACUUUUUACUCAGAGUGAAAACUAUGCUGGAAUUUGAACCCACUUUCUCUAAAAGUCAUUAAAGUUUUCUUCUAAAAUUCCUCAUCUGGUCCUCUUAGGCAUGAGAAUCCUCGUUUCCCCGGCAUCCUGGCCCGUUUGGAGGAGGACCCCGUCUGCCAAAGACUUCCUCUGACCUCUUUUCUAAUCCUCCCGUUUCAGAGGAUCACACGGCUUAAAAUGCUGGUGGAGGUACAUGAUUAAACAUUCGCUGCAGAAUUCAUGUUCGCACUUGAAACCCAAUUACACAGAACUGUAAAUGGGGUAAUAUUUGGACCAGGCUUAGCGGUUUGCCGCAGCAGGUUUUUUCUCUCUAACAGUGCACAACAAGAGUAUUGAUUUCUCUCUGGCAUGUUUUCAAAACCUUUUUAUUUUUCAGAAUAUCUUAAAGAGGACAACACCCGGCUCUAGAGAUGAGGACACUGCCACGAAAGCUUUCAAUGAGCUAAAAAAGGUAGUGAUUAUGGUCCAUAAUAGCCAGGUGGGAGCGGUAUUAUCUCUGUUGAGGCACAACAGUAAUAACAGUCCUGGUAUGUGUCUCCUUAGAUCAUCAAAGAAUGUAACUCCAGCGUACAGUCCAUGAAGAGGAUGGAGGAACUUAUUCACCUCAACAAGAAAAUCCAUUUUGAGGGGAAGGUGACUGAACACGUUUCAGCUUUUUUUGUGUGUUUGAAUUGUUACUUCCUCAUCUCACUUCAUUCAUCUUUUUAUUCAUCUUGUGUUGCAGAUCUUCCCUCUGAUCUCUCAGUCCCGCUGGCUGGUGAAACACGGUGAGCUCCUGGAGGUGGACACUCAGAUGAUGAGCAUUUCAGGAUCCAAGCUCAAAUUCCCCACCAAACCUGUGUAUCUCCACCUGUUCAACGACUGUCUCCUGCUGUCCAGGAGGAAGGAGUGAGUAAUCUGCGGCCCUAACAUUUAGUAACAAGACUCUCACUUUUUUAAAUCUAUCACAAUUCAAAGCCCACGUUUUUAUUUAAUCUCCCUGCUACAAUAUGUUUAUGCAUGUAAUGUUAUUUUUAAAUUAUCACACACUUAAUCAUAGUUUGCACAACUCAACUGCUUAGCCAGAGUUAGCUUUAAAGUGCAUUCACAUCUAUGGUCCCUGGGUAGUCUCAGUCAAUUUCAGUCUUUUCACUGACACCAUAAAACUCCUCACAGGAGCGUUAAUAACGCUUAAAGACCCACUCCGAUGAAAAUCAUGUUUUUCUUGUUGUCCACAUGUUCAUAUGUAGCAUUCAUAUGGUAUGCUACAGGGCAUAUCAUGAGAAAAUAAGUGCAAAAUUGCAUUUCUGAGUAUUUCUGCAUUCAAAUUGCUGUGAAUCUCUGGCAGACCCAAACAGCUGGUUCAGAUACAAUGAGAUUUCCUAUGUAGCAAAUCCAAGCUCCAACCCCGAACCUUGCCAUGCAGGCCAGACUCAGAAAAAUAGAGAGGAUGAUCGCAGAACAAGCAUGUGCGUUAGCGGAUUGCUACACUCGUAAGAAAGCUAAUUAUGAUAUUAACUUUCACCAUGUGCCUAAAGACAUUACUGUUUGAGAACUAAACAGCUCCUAUGUUAUCUGGCACUUCUACUCCAUCAGCAAUGUUAGAUGUGCAGAGCAGUGCUGUCUCUGCCCACGACUAAGAGGCGGAGUCAUGCUCAUUAGCUCAUUAGCUCCACUAAUGAGUAGAAAAGCCCUUGAAAAUGAAACAGGUAACGCGAUUUUGGCUAUAAACUUCAUAAUCAAAAUUAAAAGACCACUGAGAACACUUUAAGUAGGGAGAAAAAAAACAAUCUGAGAGAGACUUUGAGUUUGUGCAGUCUCUGCUAUUCUCAGACUUUCCUAAAUUUAGCCGAUCAGUCUCCCCUUUCAGACGCCCUGGUCUUUUUAACAUUGUCCCUGCAGAGCAACGCAUUGUUAAAAUAGUGACAAUGCCUGAUCAUUGAUUUAUUCAUACAUCGGACCAAUACCUGCAAAACAAAGAAAACACACUGAGCAUUUUUCGGUCUAAAAGACGUUUCAUGGAUGUCUAAUGGGUCUUAGACGUCUGGGCUAAAAUCGGUCUACCACUGGUCUAAAAAUGCAGUUUUUUUAGCUGUAUAAACUUAGACUAGCUGUCUAAUAGACUAAACUACACUGUACGUUGAUCAAUGACUGUUAAAAAUGUUUUAAUCCAGCAUUUGGCCAUCAUUUAUACAACUUACAGUUAUUUUUUAUUUAAUAUUUAAUAAUUAAUGGAUUAAAUUCUAUUGUCUAAAUCCGGGCUAAAAUAUAGACCAAUUAUUGACGGGCAAAUUUCUGUCUAAACUAAGAAUAGACGUCUAAUAGACAUCUAAGGCUCAGUGGGAACUGUCAAAUGUUGGACAAUUAUAUUUCAUAGUGAUGUUAGAAUGAUGGUAGCUCCUUGGUUAAAUAAGACAUGCCACCUUUUGACUCAAGUUAUAAAGGCCAGUUUGAAGUGCUUAGCUUAGUUUGGCUUGAGCCAAGUUCAUUCAGCCUGGCUCUGUCCUAAAAAUAUCCACCUAACAGCAAAGGCUGUUUUAUUAACUCAUUGUUGUAUUUGUACAAGAAAUCUUUAAUUGUACUAUUUCAGUGUUGAGUGUAGUAAUAUCUUAAGUAAACCAGGCAAAGCACCAGCUGAAUCUGGCUUCAAAUUUUCAGGUUAUCACACAGAAAUGGGUCUGGUAUAGAAGAGUGUCUGAUACUAGAGGAAGAUUUUGCUUAAAUUUCCAGUGUUAUUGUAGUACAGCAGUGCCUAGUGGUGAUCUUACAGUAAUAGUCCGUCAACAUCAUUUUUGCAGCACAUGGAAGUUCAUGGUGUUUGUGCACGCCAAGAUCGGAGAGCUGAAAGUGAAGGAUCUCAGUCUGAAGCUGCAGGGCAUCUCAGGCUUUAUCUUCCACCUGCAGCUGUGUGAAGGCCAGCAGCUCAAACAUCAGAUCCUGCUUAAGUCUCACACCGAGUGAGUAACAACACAGUAAAGUGACAACAAUGAAAAAAAAAAAUCUUGAACUUUAUGAUGACUGACAUUUUUGUGUGUGUGCAUCAAGGAGCGGGAAGCAGAGAUGGAUCACGGCCAUGUUUCCAUCUAAUCCACUGGAGGACAUCGAGCAAGCCAGUGAGAAUGAUGGUCAGUGGAGGGCUCGAGGUACGACUGUAAUCAGUUCAAACCUUUCAGUCCUCUCAUUCAUCUCUCUUUUUUUCUGCCUAGACAUCACCCAAGUUCAGUGCAUCAAAAGCUACCAAGCACAGGAGCACGAUGAGUUAACACUGGAGAAGGCCGACAUCCUUCACGCUAAGACCAUCACAAGUGACGGUAAGAAUGUGGAUCAAGUCUCUGUUUUUAUUGAACCUAAACAUGCUCCCAGAUAAAUGUAACCCAUGUAAAGAUUUUUUUUAUGUUUUUUAAUAUCUAAAGAGUGUUUGUUGUCUUUGUCCAGGCUGGGUGGAGGGUAUCAGGCUGUCUGACGGGGAGCGGGGCUGGUUCCCCAAAACCUACGUGGAGGAAAUCACAAGUCGCAGCGCGCGCCUCCGCAACCUCAGAGAAAAUAACCGUGUCAAAUGUGUCACACAGAAACUGGAGGGAGAGGACUGA